AUGGCCUUCGCGGGGCCUACAGAAUAUCCUAUGCCACCGAAUCAGCAGUUUUCAACAUUAGUGGAAAACUGCUCACUUUCGCUCCGAGAAACUACUGCAGUUCUUCUGAAUGAUUCAUCGCGGGACUCUUCAAUUCACCACUUGAUAUCACUUCAAGAUAUCUUGAAAGAUAUCAGAAAUAUUUUUUGUCAUAUUUUCGAUUUCACCUUGAGUGAACCAAAGGAUGUUUUCCCUGUCCUUAAUUGGAUAGAGGAUGGUAGAGGGAAGUUUUUUGAAAUUUUUAAUGAUUUAGCAAGUAUAGAAGUUUGCUUGUUGAAGAUAUUAGAUGAUGUUGAAAAACAGAUCUCAGAGGGAUAUCAGGAUGAAAAAUUUGAAGCGCUUUUCACUGCAGUUGAAAAUUGCUCGAGUUUGUCAGACGAGUUAAAAAAGCUUCUGAAUUCUUCAAGACCCAUAUUCGAUACCACUCUCGAAUUCAAAGAAGUAUAUGAUGACCACCUCAAAUCUUUGGAUGCUGUAAUUGACGAGAAUUUAAAACUGUGUUCUGAAAUAAGAAGUCAAUCAAAUGACUUUCUUAAUCAGCAAAUUCCGGAACUCAACUUAGAUCAACUAGUACUAAUGUUAGCAUCCAACUUGGAAGCUACAAGAAUUAAAGUUCCUACUUUUUCGAAUCUUGAUAAGUGUAUUCUUCAAAAAUAUUUCACGGUAGCUGAAAGUAUCAAUCCAAUAGAGAAAAGCCUGAUAGAUAUAUUACUGCCUAGAAUCAAUGAGUUUGAAAGGCGGGAGAUUCUAAAUUCUCUGCGGUUAUAUGACGUUUUGGAGAAGAGAUACAGUCAGAUAAAGGAAAAAUUUCAGCAACUAAAUGAUAAUAUUCACGCCAUCAAGAAAGUAGUAGUGGAUACUCGAUGGGAAACUUUAUUCACAAAUCUAUAUGUGGAGGUGAAGAACAGUAUUGUGAAGAGUAAAAAAAUGCUUUCUGAGAUAAAAACUGAUAACCGUUCGCCUAACAAGAGAAAGGAUGUGAUAAAAACCCUCCGACAUGAAAGAAAUGCUAUAGAUAAAAGUUUCGAUAUUUUUCAUCAAGCUAUUGUUGAAAGUUCUCUCGUUACGUUGCAGCUGGCGGAAAACAUCAACAACUUGGGUGCUGAAUGGGUGUCGCUGCAGAGGAGCAUAGAUCUGGUCACUUCUUCUGAGAAAAGAGAGACAUCUGAAUUAAUUUCACAAUUGAGCAGGAUAACUUUGAAUGGUAAGAAUGAUGGUAAUUCUUUGCCUAGCAGAAAUCCCAAACAUCUUGAUAACAGCAAAGACCUGCGAAAAGUCGGGGCUUUACUCUUUAAAAGGAUGAAUAUUCACCCUAUUAUUGUAAAGAACAGUCCGAAAUCUGCCAAGAAGGACAACACUCUGUAUAGAAAUGACUGGCCUCGGAAUGCAGUAUCGAGAGCGUUACGCUUCAAACCAAUACCAGAUUUAGGUUACGUGGACAAGGAAAAUGGAGACAUCGAACCGAAAGAGAUCAGUUAUACGCUCAAGAGAGAGAAAGAGUUAAUAAGUCACUACCGCAGCCAAAAGUCAAGAAUCCCAAGGCUAAACGAAGAAAGCAGGAGAAAAACAAAACGUUGUGCGAUGACAUCGCCCAAACAUCUGAAUCCGUCUAUUAAGAAUAGUACGGGAAUAAGCAUGACGAAUCCAAAACCCUUGAGAAAUACGAUACCGCGACCGACACUAACGACCGCUCUUUUGGCAAGCUCUCCAGUUGACCCUUGGAUAUGA